GUAAAAAUAGUUGUUAAAUUGAGUUGUAGUCUGACAAUUUAAUAGAUACAUAUUAAUAUUAUUAAAUAUGAGUGAUCCUAUGAAUAAAGAACUUGUAAAACGAGUACAAUUAUCUCUAUCAAAAUAUAUAAAUAAACCACAACUAACUGAAAAACUACUAAAUAAACCGCCAUUCAAAUUUCUUCACGAUAUUAUAACGAAUGUUAUCCAAAGCACUGGUUAUUUAACAGAUGUUUUCACCGAUGAAGAAAUUAUAUCUACAAAUGUUACCACAAAAGAAACUAAGAUCAAAUUUUUAGAAAAGCUUAUUAGUGCCAUUCAAUCAACAACGAAUAAAACAAUAUCAGCAAGACCUUCUAAAAUUGUUGCAGGGCUUGAAGUAACAAAGACUUUGGAGUUGCUUAUGGCAAUUGUUUUUGGAAUAGAAACAAGAAAUAAAGAAGUUAAGGAACAAAUUUCAACUAAUACAAAAACUAAAAAAUCAGAAACUACAAAAAUUAAUAAUCAAAAUAAGUCAAAAUUGUUAGAAAAAUCCAAAUCAGUAGAAAAAAAAUUAAAAGAAAAUAUUGAUCAUGAUUCUCAAAAAAAAAUACAAAAAUCUGACAGUGUGGAAUCGUCAGUGGUUAAAAACGAUGAACCUGUAAGAGAGAUGGAUACAUUAACAAAAUCUGAUGUAGAAUUCAGUGUAAAACCAGUUAUUGAUGAAGAAAUAAAGAACAUUGUGGAUAGUUCUGUUAAAACUGAAGAAAUUAACGAAAACAAAUUACAAUCAACAUUCAAAUCCAAAUUAGAAAAAAAAGAUUCCGAAUCAAUAGAAAAAACUAACUCAGAAGAGAAUCCACUUCGGAAAUUAAGUGAAACUCAUAAUAUUAGUAAACCAUUAAGGCCAAAAAGUUCAAGACCGCCCGCACCUAAUCGUCGUCCUCAAUCAAAUACAUUUACAGAGAUUCCUAAACAUUCAGACAGUUUUUUUUCAAAAAACGAUGACAAAAUAAAUGACAUUGAUGAYAAUAUUGUUACAGUAGAAGUAUUAAAUGACAAUAAGUCAACUUAUGAUUCUUAUAUCCAGGAAGAUGGACAAGGUCAUCUUGUAUCACAAAUACUUCAAACACAAAUGGAAUUUAAUACUAAAAUAAAGACAGACUCUUCAAAAACAGAAUGGGAAGGAAAAAGUGUUAAAGAUCAAGAAAUGUUAAUAAAAGAAAUGGAUACAAUCAGGCAAUUCAUUCAAGCCAUAACAAAGUCGGCAAACCCAUUAAGUAAACUUAUCAACAAUAUGCAAGAAAAUAUCGAUCAGAUGAAUCGAGAGUUGAACUACUGGAAAAAUUUUACUGAAAAAACAAAUGAAAAACUUGAUUCACAACAACGGGUAGUUAAAGAAAAAACUAAACCAAUGGUUAUGUUAUUGGAAAAACUGAAUACUGAAAUCAAAGACGAAUUGGAAAUGAUGGAUUACUGUAAAUCAAAUAUUAUGAAAAACAAAUCUCAUAUUAACUACUUAGUUUCAGAAAGGUUUAUGUUAAAAAAAUAAUUGAAAGUCCAUUGUUUUUUGGAAACUAGGAAAUAUUUAGUUUAUAAUUGUAUUGUUAUUUAUUAUAUACCUAGGAAAUGUACUACUUAGUAAGUCACCAAAAUAAUUUGAUCUCACAUUAAAAAAUACAAGAUUUCUAAAAAAGAAAAAUGUUAUGCGUACCAAAUCAGAAGUAUUUUUACAGACUUGUGUCAAGAUCUGAUUUUUAUCACUGGGAUAUUGCUCAUGUGUGCUGUCCUCUUGAAGUUCAAUUUUACAUUGUUAUGUAUCACACUACUAGUAGUGACUCGUAGUGCACUUUGAUUUUUUUCUUUAAAAAUCUUGAAAAAUAUUUUCUUACACUAUUUCAAUCAAACUCAAAAGAGACUGAAUUAUAUUUUUUUCUAGUCACUGUAACUAGUCAAUUGCUCCUAAGUUAAAUAUUUAAAUUUGCUUUUCAUAUAAUAUAUAAUAAUUACUAUUUUAUACUGGCAGUUUAGUUCUAACAUACUGGCAAUUAAAGAAAUAGGUUUAUCUGAAUGUGCUGAGUAGAAUAGAAUAAUAUGUACAAAUAUACAACAUAUAGUUAUUAAUUUACAUUUUAUUUGUGUAAACAAGUACUUAGUAAUAUUCAACUUAAACUAAGAUCUGAUGAAACAAUAUUUUCAUAUGGACAAUGCCCGAUUGUGUGGUUUGUUGAUACCUUAGGACAAACCAAUUUCUUUUAUUGUCCGCAUUAGGCUAAACCUAAAAGAAAAUAUAAAUUUUACAUACUAAAAUUUGGCUACCAAAAAUUGCAUAAAUACUCAAAACACAUUUUAGAUAUGUAUAUUAUUAUUAAACCUAAUAAAAAUAUUU